AUCAAAACUCAGCCCAAGUCUCUUCCCAAACUCUGGCCAACAUGUUAGCCCAAAAGCAUUGGGGGAAACGGCGAGGUUUCACCUCAUAAAACCCUCCUUUUCUUCUGGUAUUCUCGAUAAAGAAAGUGGGGGAGGAAGAGAACAAUGGCUGGUUCUAGAAGCUUCAAUCAAGAGAAGCUUGGUCGAUGAUGAUGAUGAUGAUGAAGGCAGGAUACAUGCGAAGGAGUUUUCCCUUCAUUUCUUCUUCAUUAAAUCAUGGUUAAUCUGGAAAGCAUUCUUUUAAUUUACCUCAUUAUAAAUUUGCAUCCUUUUCAGAAAUUUUCUCCGAGAAUAUUUGAGACAAGGAAAUGGAGUUUAAGGAAAUGGAGUUUUUGCGUUUAGCGUAGUGAAAAUUAUUUCCAGCUGCAGCCUAAGAGAAGAAUGCGCCGAGUGUCUUCUAUGACUGCUUCUCUUCUCUACGAACACCGUUUUCUCUCAGUUUCUUCCUUACCGACCAACUCGUUGUACCGUAUUUACAGGCGAUAUCAGAAACCCACCACAGUGCGCAAUAGCGGCGAUACUGUUCUGUCGAGUGACGGGAGAAAUGGAUUUGGCCUAGUUUGCCUCGAAACUAAACAGGAGCACUUUACGGAUAGCAAGGAGUUCGACGAAUUUGCUAUUGAUGUUGAAAAGGUGUACAGAAUCCUAAGAAAAUUUCACUCCAGGGUUCCAAAACUGGAGCUCGCUUUGCAAGAAUCCGGCGUCGUCUUGCGCCCUGGAUUAACGGAACGUGUCCUGAAUCGUUGUGGUGAUGCAGGGAAUUUAGGGUACAGGUUCUUUUUUUGGGCAUCGAAGCAGCCGGGAUAUAGUCAUAGCUACGAAGUGUACAAAGCAAUGGUUAAAAUUCUGAGUAAAAUGAGACAAUUUGGCACUGUUUGGGCUCUAAUUGAAGAGAUGAGAAAAGAGAGUCCUCAGUUGAUAUCAACGGAGUUAUUUAUUAUUUUGAUGAGGAGAUUUGCCUCGGCAAGAAUGGUGAAGAAAGCAGUUGAGGUUUUGGAUGAGAUGCCAAAGUAUGGAUGUGACCUUGAUGAGUAUGCGUUUGGUUGUUUAUUAGAUGCAUUGUGCAAAAAUGGCAGCGUCAAGGAAGCAGCAAAACUGUUUGAGGAUAUGAGAAUGAGGUUUACUCCGAGCUUGAGGCAUUUUACUUCGUUGUUGUAUGGUUGGUGUAGGGAGGGGAAGCUUAUGGAGGCUAAGUUUGUGCUGGUGCAAAUGAAGGAGGCAGGUUUUGAGCCAGAUAUCGUGGUGUACAAUAAUUUGCUAAGUGGAUACGCACAUUCAGGGAAAAUGGGGGAUGCUUUUGAUUUGUUGAAGGAGAUGAAGAGGAAAGGCUGUGAACCGAAUGCAACUUCUUACACCACUUUGAUUCAGGCCCUUUGCCGGAUGGAAAGAAUGGAGGAGGCAAUGCGGGUUUUUGUUGAGAUACAGACUUCUGGUUGUGAUGCUGAUAUUGUGACUUAUACUACUCUAAUUAGUGGAUUCUGCAAGUGGGGGAAGAUUGAAAGAGGUUAUGAGAUUUUAGAUAGUAUGUUACAGCAAGGACUUAGGCCAAAUCAGAUGACUUACUUGCAUAUUAUGGUGGCUCAUGAGAAGAAGGAAGAGCUGGAAAAAUGCUUAGAGUUGAUGGAGGAGAUGAGGAAGAUUAGUUGUGUUCCUGAUCUUAGUAUUUACAAUGUAGUUAUUAGGCUGGCUUUUAAAUUAGGGGAUGUGGAAGUGGGCAUCCAGGUUUGGAAGGAUUUGGAAGCUAGUGGGUUUAGUCCUGGGGUAGAUACCUUUGUUAUUCUGAUUCAUGGUUUUCUUGCGCAAGGGUGUUUAAUUGAAGCCUGUGAGUACUUCAAAGAUAUGGUUGGGAGAGGUCUUUUAUCUGCUCCUCAGUAUGGUACCCUGAAAGUGUUGUUGAAUUCUGUCCUGAGAGCCGGGAAGCUUGAGAUGGCAAAAGAUGUUUGGAGUCAUAUUGUCACUAAAGGAUGUGAGCUUAAUGUGUAUACAUGGACAAUAUGGAUCCAUGCUCUGUUCUCAAACGGCCAUGUGAAGGAGGCAUGUUCAUAUUGUUUGGAUAUGAUGGAUGCGGAUGUAAUGCCACAGCCAGAUACCUUUGCUAAGCUCAUGAGGGGUCUUAGAAAGCUCUAUAACAGGGAGAUUGCUGCAGAGAUUACUGAGAAAGUGAGGAAGAUGGCUGCUGACAGACAGGUAACCUUUAAAAUGUAUAAACGGAGAGGGGAGAGGGAUUUGAAGGAAAAAGCCAAGACAAGACAGGAUGGGAGGAAAAGGAGAGCUCGUAGACGCCGGUGGGGUGGUGGUGGGCGGAGUAGAGCUAAUGUUUUGUAGUUAGAAUGCAUGGUCAUUGUCAAGCAGUCAAACUAUCACGUUGCUUUUCCUCCAACCAAAAGAAGCUAGCUUCAGUACCCACAAGAUUUGUACUUCUUCUUGCUUUUGUCACGGCCAGAAGUAACAAACCACUAUUAUGGCUUGAGGCUUACACUCUUUGGAGGACAACGCAUGACAGAGGGCCAACUGUGCAGUCAAUCUCGC